AUGGCUCCAAAUCGCUACCUGAGGAAGUGUGGAGAUGGCCCCUGGAUUCCCGUGUGCUCCUGCGUGGGAGUGAGGUCCUGUGGGUCUUCCUGGGGCAUCUGGGAGGCUGUGCUCAGGGCAGGAUCAGCAGUGCAGCGCUCCUUCACCCUCAUUGUGGAGGCCUGGGACUGGGACAAUGACACCACCCCAGAUGAGGAGCUGCUGAUCGAGCGGGUGUCGCACGCGGGCAUGAUCAACCCCGAGGACCGCUGGAAGAGCCUGCACUUCAGCGGCCACGUGGCACACCUGGAGCUGCGGAUCCGCGUGCGCUGCGACGAGAACUACUACAGCGCCACCUGCAACAAGUUCUGCCGGCCUCGAAACGACUUCUUCGGCCACUACACCUGCGACCAGUAUGGCAACAAGGCCUGCAUGGACGGCUGGAUGGGCAAGGAGUGCAAAGACGCCGUGUGCAAACAAGGAUGUAACCUGCUGCACGGGGGCUGUGCCGUGCCGGGGGAGUGCAGGUGCAGCUAUGGCUGGCAGGGGAGGUUCUGUGAUGAGUGUGUCCCAUACCCUGGCUGUGUGCACGGCAGCUGCGUGGACCCCUGGCAGUGCAACUGUGAGACCAACUGGGGUGGUCUGCUCUGCAACAAAGACCUGAACUACUGUGGCAGCCACCACCCUUGCAUCAACGGGGGCACGUGCAUCAACGCUGAGCCUGACCAGUACCACUGCACCUGCCCCGAGGGCUACUCGGGCAAGAACUGUGAGCGGGCUGAGCAUGCCUGUGCCUCCAACCCAUGUGCCAAUGGGGGCUCUUGUCACGAGGUGCCCUCCGGGUUUGAAUGCCACUGCCCAUCAGGCUGGAGCGGGCCCACCUGUGCGCUUGACAUCGAUGAGUGCGCCUCCAACCCGUGUGCGGCAGGAGGCACCUGCGUGGACCAGGUGGAUGGCUUUGAGUGCAUCUGCCCCGAGCAGUGGGUGGGGGCCACCUGCCAGCUGGACGCCAAUGAAUGUGAAGGGAAGCCGUGCCUUAACGCUUUUUCUUGCAAAAACCUGAUUGGUGGCUAUUACUGUGAUUGCAUUCCGGGCUGGAAGGGCGUCAACUGCCACAUCAACAUCAACGACUGUCGUGGGCAGUGUCAGCAUGGUGGCACCUGCAAGGACCUGACGACCGGCUACCAGUGUGUGUGCCCUCGGGGCUUUGGUGGCCGGCACUGUGAGCUGCAGCUGAACUCGUGUGCCAGCCACCCCUGCCAUGGUGGCCUCUGCGAGGACCUGGCGGACGGCUUCCGCUGCCACUGCCCCAAGGGCACCUCUGGGCCACUGUGCGAGGCAGACAUAGACUUCUGCGAGCCCAGCCCCUGCCAGAAUGGUGCCCGCUGCUACAACCUGGAGGGCGAUUAUUACUGCGCAUGCCCCGACGACGUGGGCGGCAAGAACUGCUCUGUGCCCAGAGAGCCGUGCCCGGGCGGGGCCUGCAGAGUGAUCGACGGCUGCGGGUUUGAGGCUGGGCCCAGAGCGGCCGGCGUGGCACCUUCUGGCGUGUGCGGCCCGCACGGACACUGCGUCAGUCAGCCCGGGGGCAACUUCUCCUGCGUGUGCGACAGCGGCUUCACAGGCGCCUACUGCCAUGAGAACAUCGACGACUGUCUGGGGCAGCCAUGCCGCAACGGGGGCACGUGCAUCGACGAGGUGGACGCCUUCCGCUGCUUCUGCCCCAGCGGCUGGGAGGGCGAGCUCUGCGACACCAAUCCCAACGACUGCCUCCCCGAUCCCUGCCACAGCCGCGGCCGCUGCUACGACCUGGUCAAUGACUUCUACUGCGCGUGUGACGACGGCUGGAAGGGCAAGACCUGCCACUCACGCGAGUUCCAGUGUGACGCCUACACCUGCAGCAACGGCGGCACGUGCUACGACAGCGGGGACACGUUCCGUUGCGCCUGCCCCCCGGGCUGGAAGGGCAGCACCUGUAACAUCGCCAGGAAUAGCAGCUGCCUGCCCAACCCCUGCGUGAACGGGGGCACGUGCGUGGGCAGCGGAGACUCGUUCUCCUGCAUCUGCCGGGACGGCUGGGAGGGCCGCACCUGCACGCACAAUACGAACGACUGCAACCCCCUGCCUUGCUACAAUGGCGGCGUCUGUGUCGAUGGCGUCAACUGGUUUCGCUGCGAGUGUGCUCCUGGCUUCGCGGGUCCCGACUGCCGCAUCAACAUCGACGAGUGCCAGUCCUCGCCUUGUGCCUACGGGGCCACCUGUGUGGACGAGAUCAACGGCUAUCACUGCAGCUGCCCGCCAGGCCGGGCCGGCCCGCGGUGCCAGGAUGUGAUUGGUUUCGGGAGGCCCUGCUGGUCGCAGGGCGUGCCCUUCGCGCACGGGAGCUCCUGGGUGGAGGAUUGUAAUAGCUGCCGCUGUGUGGAUGGCCGCCGGGACUGCAGCAAGGUGUGGUGUGGGCACAAGCCUUGCUUGCUGGCCGGCCGGCUCGACACCCUGAGUGCCCAGUGCCCGCCAGGGCAGCGGUGCCAAGAGAAGGCCCCAGGCCAGUGCCUGCAGCCACCCUGUGCGGCCUGGGGGGAGUGUGGCACCGAGGAGCCCCUGCUCCCCGGCACCCUGUGCUUGCCGCGCUCCAGCCACCUGGACAACAACUGUGCCCGCCUCACCUUGCACUUCAACCGCGACCAAGUGCCCCAGGGCACCACUGUGGGCGCCAUCUGCUCUGGGAUCCGCGCCCUGCCGGCCACAAGGGCAGUGGCCCGGGACCGCCUGCUCGUACUGCUCUGUGACCGGCCGUCCUCAGGGGCCAGUGCUGUAGAGGUGGCUGUGUCCUUCAGCCCCGCGAGGGACUUGCCCGACAGCAGCCUGAUCCAGAGCACGGCCCAUGCCAUCGUGGCCGCCAUCACCCAGCGGGGCAACAGCUCGCUGCUCUUGGCCGUCACCGAGGUCAAAGUGGAGACGGUCAUCGUGGGUGGCUCUUCCGUGGGUCUGCUCGUGCCGGUGCUGUGUGGCGUGUUCAGCGUGCUGUGUCUGGCGUGUGUGGUCAUCUGCGUGUGGUGGACCCGCAAACGCAGGAAAGAGCGGGAGAGGAGCCGGCUGCCACGGGAGGAGAGUGCCAACAACCAGUGGGCCCCUCUGAACCCCAUCCGCAACCCCAUCGAGCGGCUGGGUGCUGGCAGCCUGUGUGGGGGCCACAAAGACGUGCUUUACCCAUGCAAGAACUUCAUGCCGCCACCGCGCAGGGUGGGCGAGGCGCUGCCGGGGCCUGCGGGCCGUGGGGAAGGCGGGGAGGAGGAGGAGCCCGGCCGCGGUGAGGGAGACUGCCUGGAGGCUGAGAAGUUCCUCUCGCACAAAUUCACCAAAGACCCCAGCUGUUCCCCUGGGAGGCCGGCCCGCUGGGCCUCGGGCCCAAAAAUGGACAACCGUGCCGUCAGGGGCAUCAAGGACUUACGCCACGCCGGCAAGGAGUAGGGCAGGGGCCGGCAGCUGGGCCGGGACCCAGGACCCUUCACCGGGCACCACGCCACCCACCAGACCGUAGGAGGCUGAGGCCGUGUGCAUAGUUUCUUUAUUUUGUGUAAAAAAACACCAAAAAUCAAAAACAAAUGUUUAUUUUCUACGUUUCUUUAACGUUGUAUAAAUUAUUCGAGGACUGUCAGGUGGAACACAAUGGAGUAUUCUCGGAUAGUUGCUAUUUUUGUAACGUUUCUGUGUGUCACACUGUCUGUGUGGCAGGAGAGAGCAAAGGGUGUCUGUGUCCUCACCAGAUCGUUUGUCUGUCACCAGACGUGGUGCACUGUUUACAGAAUCUUCCUUAUUAUUCCUCAUUUGGCAUUCUCAGUGGCUCCAGGCCAAAGAGCCCGUGGGACCCAUGGAUGUCAGUGUGGCCCAUGGCGUUUGGUGGAACCCGUGGCUGUCAGUGUGGCCCUUGGCACUCGGUGGGACAACCCAAAGCUACUGGCGUGGCCCAUGGCAUUGGUGGGACCCGUGGCUGACAGAGUGGCCCAUGGCUGUCAGUGGGACCACCUGUGGCUUUUGGCAUGGCCCACGGUCGUCGGUGUGGCCUGAGGCUGUCGGUGGGACCUGUGGUGUGUGGCAUGGCCCGUGGCUGUUGGUGGCACCUGUGGUGGUCAGUGGGGCUUGAGGUCCUCUCAGGGGCCCGCAGUGUUCGGCACGGCCUGAGGCCCGCGGGCAGACCCUGGCCUUCCGCCCGCUGUCCUCGCCGGCUCCCACCUGGAGCACCGGCCGUAGAGAUCUUUCAACUGUGUUUCCGGAAGUGCCCUUCCCAACUGCUCUGUUCUCCCCGGGACGAGGGCAGUAUCGAAGCUCGUGACAAGUGCCUUCACACAGACCCUCCCCUUGCAACUGUCAGCGUUUGCCGUGGGCUCCAGGCCGCUGCCCACCUGCCGGCCCCGGCCCCCUUCUCGUGAAAGUGAGUUUUUGUAAAUAUGUACAUAUUAAAUGAAUCACUCUGUAUAUUUGAUUUAAUAACUUAAA